AUGUGAUAGAGGCGGCAAGAUGGCGGCGCUCAGGGCUUCUGCUGCCGCGUCAGUGUUGAAAUAUUGAAGUAGUUACUCCUUAUCACGGGUAUGAAGAACAGACCUUCCUCUUGCCCGAGUAAUACUGAUGUUUUCAAGCUAUUAUGUACUUGUUGUCUUCAUAGAGAUGAAAGCACCUAUUCCUCAAAAGCAAGAAAUUGUGGUAGAACCCGGACCCUUAUUUGGUGAUGCUGAUGAUGUAGUAACAGAAUAAUUUUCCUUCCUGGACUGAACAUGCCGAAAGAAUCAGAGACCCCAUUUUCCUUGUCUGACUGCCAUUGUAAUAUUUGCAUGGAUAUUUUUGUGGAACCAGUCACACUACCAUGCCACCAUACUCUUUGUAAUGCCUGUUUUCAACUUACUGUGGAAAAAGCAAGUUUGUGUUGCCCUUUUUGUCGUCGGCGUGUCUCAUCUUGGGCACGAUAUAACACUCGCAAUAACACUCUUAUUAACUUGGAAUUAUGGGAAAAAAUUAAGAAACAUUUUCCAGAAGAGUGCCAACGCAGACUUAGUGGACAGGACCUAGAAAAUCAUUUGCAUAUGCCUCAACCAAUACACUGCUUAAGUAAGCCUGGAGAAUUAAAGAAAGAAUAUGAAGCUGAGAUCACUAAGGUGGAAGCAGAACGGCGUGCUCUUGAGCAAGAAGAGAGCAAAGCAAGUGAAGAAUAUAUUCAAAGACUACUUGCAGAAGAGAAAGAAGAGCAAAGGUUAACAGAAGAAAAGAAAAAAAAGAUAGCAGACCAGUUGCUAUUAGAUGAAAUGUUGGCCCAAGAACUGAGUUUAAAUUUGAACAGAUCUGUUGAAGAGUCUGUUAAAAGGAGUCCGGUACCUGGCCCGUCCCCUUCUGAUUGCUGCAAAACAUCGAAAACCAAAUCAAGCAAUUAUGGUGAUAUUAAGAAGUAUUUAUCUCCAAAGUCUUGUGGUUUCUUUCCUCCAAAGUUGCUAUUGGGAGAAUUAAAAAAAGAAAACAUUGACUCUCUUUCUGAGGAAAGCAUUAAACCUAAAACUCACUUUACCUUGGAAGAUGACAAAAUAAAAGAUGAUAUAACCAUACUAUCUUCAGAGACAAUUGGAGAAGGAAAAAUGCCUGAAGAUUUCCCUUUAGAAUCAACAGACUCUUAUUUAAAUAUAUGUACUACAUCUGAAUUCAACUGUCAUGGCUCUGAAUUGUCAUCUUCUUCCAGGAGUCAGUCAGAGGAAUGUGUUACUAAUAGAGAGGACCACGAAGCUGAUUUUUUCUCAAUGAGCAGUGGUUCCAGUAACAAUGACUUUGGAAAUAAAAAUUUUACAGAAAGUACAUGCUUGCUGAAACUUCACAAAAAUGACAGCAAUGAAGAAAUCCUUAUUUCUUUGACAUCUAGUACUCAACUGGACAGCAAAGAUACAACCUGUGAAGAAACAAUGGUAAUGGGAAACUAUCUAAUUAAAAAUAAAAACCAGAAUUGCUCAUUGAUCACUAAAGAGAUUCCAAAGAGAAAAUCUCAAGAAUCUCCCACCGAACGGACAGGGGAUUCAUAUUUGAAUGACAAAAGAAGAAGAAUUUUUGUACAAACAGAAGGGAAAGAGAUGAACGAUAUACAAAAGCAGAUAUAUUUGGAGGAGCAGCUUUACAAACGAUAUAAACAGGAAGAAGAAGAUAGGUGUCUGGCUUUGAAAAUUCAGAAGGAAAUGGACAGAGAACUGAAAACACUAAAUCGCAAAAAAGGCUCCCCUGAUGAGUAUCAUUUGCGUCCUACACCAUCUAAGGCAGUUGGAAAAUCCCCAGCUGUUGGGAAGCACUGCAAACUCUUAAAGGCUUCAAACAGCCAGACAGAAAUAAAUCAACCCAAACGACAGAGACAUUCCCACAGUGAGAAUGAGAGGACCUCUAGCAAACAUCAGACAAAACCAUCUGGGAAAAAUGGAAAUGUUCUGAGUUGUGAACUCAGCUCUGAUUUAAAGGAUGUAGAGCUGCCAAUCAAACAAAGGACGAUUAUCCAGAUGUUUAAGAAAUCUGCAACAAAUUGAAACAUUUCACCCAAACCAUUGUAGAUUAAUAGAAAAUUUUGAAAAAGCUAUUCUGAAAAACUGGCAUAUAUUUAUCUCAUCUAGUAUUAGCUGUUUCCAGAAUUAAUGUGUUACUUGUUCCAGAAACAGCAGCAUCUGUUCUGUGCCUUUUUCUUUGAAUUCUUGUGUCUAUUCUUUAAUAUAUAGAUGGUAUCAAUUACUCUCAAUUUUAAGUUGAACUGAAUGAUAAUAGUUUCUGAGUUGUCAUAACCAUGCCACUGUUGUCUGUGAUAAAUGCCAGUGAUAAAUGCCAUCUUUAAGACAGACAUAUCAUAAGAUACAUUCUUAUUUUUCUUUGCUGGAAUUGUAUUUUUGCCUUGCUAGUAAUGUGGCUUAUGGGUUUCACAAGAAAACAAAUCAAUUUUCAUUGGAAUGAUUUUGAAAUUUGAAAUUUGAUAUUUUGUAGAAGUAUAAGAGGCACCAAAGAUAUUCAAUAAGUAAAUCACAAUUAUUUUCAUUUGUAAGUAAUUUCUAAUAUAUAGAUUAUAUAUGACACUAAAAUGACAGAUAUAAUUACUAUUUCAUUACAAUUAUUUAAGAUGUAGCAGUCAUAAUUCUCUUCUAAACAUAGUUCUAAUAAAUACAUCCAACAGAGUUCCCACUCUGAUGAGGAAGGUUAAUUUAGGGUCUGAUAAUUACAGCAUAUAUAUCCAUGUUCUUGAAAACUUUGGUAAGAUAUCUUAGCAUUCAGAAUGUUUAGAAAAAUAGUAACAAUAACAAAAAAAUGCAGGCUAAAGUACUGAUGUUUACUGUUGCCGUCAAUUGUGUCUUUAGAAAUCUCCAUCCCAUUUGUUUUUUGUUCAGCUUUAUAAAAAUGGAUUUUUUUGUUGUAGCUAGGUUAAAUAAAUCAUUCAGACAAAUAUAUAUAUAAAUAAUCUGAAGGAUUUACUUAAAAGUGACAAUAUAA